AUGGUGUCUACCCUUCCUUCUUCCUCAUUAUAUAUAUUGGUACAUGUCCAUAAUUUCUGUAACAACCUAGAGAAUGUUUUAACAUCAGUUUUAAUCGAUAUGGAGUCUGAUGUACAGAUAACUUGGUUUUGGAACAACCUACCCUAUAUAGUAUAUUUCCUGUCAGUAGUCAAGAAUUUAAAAUCCUACCCUGAAAGUGUAUUCCUGUCUCGACUCUCGCUACAUUGGAAUUGGUUAUACAAUAAAUUACUGUUACCAUUAUUAUCAUCUUCUUCAACUUGGAGACCCCCAUCAGUGAUAUUAUCAUCUAUAAACCAACUCCAGAAUAUAAUGGGACAAGAAAACAUGGCAGCGAAACAGUUUGUUAGAUAUUUAACACAAUAUGGCCAUCCUAAACCCUACACCACCCAAUCUCAGUCUGAGCUACAGCAAGAUAUGAGAUAUUGUCAAGAUUGUUUAAAUAUCUAUAAAAACAAUAAACCAGCUGUAUUGAAACUGAAAGUAGAAGCCUUGGUACAUGAUGGAGAGAAGCUGAAAUGUCUACUGCAGUCCAUUUGUGAAUCUUUUUAUAAUGGACACAGUGAUAAAGAAAAUGAAGAUGGCAUACAGAUGAAGAUUGGUAAAUUGAAAUGUAGUUUGAUUGAAAGGAAUAUUCUAGAAGAGGAAUUUGAAUCCAUGGAUACCAGAGAAUCUGCGGACACGUCUGGAACUGCUGCUAAGCCAACACGUCUGAAACAAUAUGUCGAGCUUUGGCCAAUCUACGAACAUUUUAGUUUGUUAUUUGAAUAUUAUUUAAUGGUUAAUGAACGACCUGAACUUACUGUUCAUCAGCUUCGAGACUUGAUAACCAGAUAUACUCCAUCUACUACAAAUCAUUUACUGGAUAAUCCGGAUGCAGUGGAUAAGAAAAAGUUGUAUCUAUUAUUAAGUGAAGUUAUAAUGAAUAAACUAUGGAGAAGUUCUGUCACUAAAGAUAGUACUACCUGGUUAUUAUGGAAUACACAGUUACCUCCCCCUGAUGAUACUACUAAAAUCAGAUUCAGGGGACCAGGAAUAUUCCACCUGAUACCAAUGUCCUACAGUAUAUAUACUCUACUGUCAACUAAAUCACCAGACCCUAAAGACAAUAGUUACCUCCCUUUACAUGUCUCGUUAGGCAGCGUAGACGACCAGCUCAAUAAACUACAUCAACUAUCCUCAUAUUUAUGGAAAUAUUCUGGUGUUUUAUCAUCAACUAGAUUAAAUAUUGGAAAUAUUGAACAAGGUCAUUUAAUGAAGUCAUUUAUAAAGAUGUUAGAUUCAUUUGGUGUUUUAUUGACCUCUCAUUCUCAAACAAAAUGGUUUGAGUUGAUAUCAACUGUAGAGAUGAACUAUUCCACGGGCACUCUGACCACAGGAGAUAUACUGACUGUACAGGCAUAUUAUCAAGAGGUGUAUACAACAAUUGAACACCCUGCCCUACCCCUCGUAUCUCGCUGUUUUGAAGUGGUUAUAGAUAUACUACAGAACUGUACUGGGAAUGGAUUAGGAUUAGGAUUAGCCUAUGUUGGAUUAGCAUCAGUCUAUCUGCUAGCACCUGUUGGACCAGUCGACCCUGUAGAGAAAAAUGCCAUUAAAAUGAAGAAUUUUGAAAACCAGAUAAAAGAAAUAGAGUGUGAAAUAGAGGUAUAUGAAAGUAAUAUAAGAUUAAAGACAGGGUUGAGUAUAGAAGAUAUAAAGACCAGUAAACUACACCCUAGAUUACAGUAUCUUAUAGAACGUAAACAACACCUACAACAUAAAAUAUUACUACUUACUGAUCAACAAGCUUACAGACCUGAUCCUUUACAGUAUUUAAGUUUAGUACAAGAUGUAAAAGCCUACUUAGAAAGUAUAGGUUCAAUAGAGAGAGUUACUGCCCUUCUCAGCAAACUUCAAACAGCCAAUCAAAUUGAAGGAGGACCACACGUAGAUGAAGUUAUUAUCACUUCCUGUUUACGAGAGGAAGAGGCGUGGCAACAGACACAACAGAGUUUUCUGGACAGUUUAGACAAACAUUAUUGGUGCUACCCUGAUUUAAUUAUACCAUUUAAAGCCUUAAUUCAACAGAUGAGACUAGGUGUUAGUAUUUUAACACAGACAGUAGAAACUAGUCAUAAACAGUUCACAUUAUCUAAGCAAAUCUAUGGUCAAUCAUUGGAAGAAGUGAUGUUGAUAUUGAGUCAAUUUCCAAAUAUCAGUCAAAACCACGAGACAUUCCAUGAUUUAACGAAGAUAUUGAUAUAUGAUACAACGUGUGAAUUAGUCAAUACCAGUAUAUCAACUCAGAAUACCGACUCUGAUCAUAUACAUGAUGUACUUUCUAAGUUGUUAUUGUGUGGACUAUACCUGAUAAAGAUACAUUGUAUCAACAGUGGUGAAUUAACAUCUCAUAUCACCCAAACAUUAUCUAACUUAUUUACUACCUUCGUCACCGCCUGGCAAGAUCAGGAGACCAGACGACGAGAGAAGGAAGCAGAAGACGCCAGUUUAUAUCGGUAUCGCAGUAAAAAUCACGGUGAUGAAAAAACAGAUGAAGAUAAAGAUGAAGCAGAGUUUAAAUCAAGUUUCCCUUCUUUUGAAAAUGUGUAUGCCGAUUUAGUCGGACCUCAGAGUUUAGAGGAAGUAGGAAAUCUAACAGAAGAGGAUGAGUCUAUCAAGUCUACACCGUACAGUAUCAGUAUAGAGGACAUGUACACAGUGUACCAAAUACACGAUUUAUUAUUUACCUCCCUUAUAACUACCGACUGGCUGCCAUCAGUAUCAUAUACUAAACCUACCAUACACGACUAUAUACAACCUGCUAUUAUAGCUUAUAAUAUAGCUUCUCAAGUUGCUACCAAAUCUCCUGAGGCUUUAGGAAGAGACGUAGAUACAGGAGUUGUAGGUGGUCAUUUAUUAAUCAGUGGUGUUGUACAGCAGACUAUAUUAUCUGGUUUAAAUAAUACACAGUCUCAGACAGAAAACAGUCUAUGUUUGAAGCCAACAGAAUAUUAUGAUAUAUAUUAUGAUAGUAAUGUGAAUGAAGUUAGUCAAUGUAAAGUUAUAUUAGACAGGUUUCUAGUUAGACUGGAUGAACUUUUGAUAGAAUACCCUCAACAUCCUACUUUAUCACAGAUUGUGGCUAUCAUCAGAAGAAUAUUAUCAUUCUCUAUAACCUGUCCUAUUAUGAAGUUUUUAGUCGGUUUAGAAUUAUUACUAGAGAAAACCAAGGAUUGGGAAGCGAAUGCAGCUAAACAUGUCUCAGUAAUGACUCAUUUUAAAGAAGUUUCUGCAAUGGUUGUUCAGUGGAGAAAACUAGAGCUGGGAUGUUGGAAGAAUACUAUGUUGAUAGAAGAAAGAAAAUGUGAGAAGUCUGUCAGUAAAUGGUGGUUUCAUCUUUAUCAAUUAAUAACAUCUUAUCUUCAUAAUGCUACCAAUACUCAGGAAACUGUUGAGAGUGAGAAACUUGUUACAUCAUUAAAAGAGUUUCUAGAGAAGUCUAAUUUAGGAGAGUUUAAAUAUCGUUUAAAGAUGAUAUUAGCUUUCCAUUGUCAAGUUUAUAAAAUGGAUGCUUCUGAUAAACAAGUGGAAGUGUUAAAUUUAUUAUGGAAUCUGUACCAGUUUUAUCUUCAAUAUUUACCCAAUAUAGAGGCUGAAAUAACUUCUCAAAAAACACCACUUCUAAAACAACUCAAGGGUUUUGUAAAGAUAGCUAGAUGGAGUGAUUUAAAUUACUGGGCUUUAAAACAAUCAACAGAGAAAACACACAGAACAGUUCAUAAAUAUUCUAAAAAAUACCAGAUGGUACUGAAUCAACCAAUAACCAAACUACUAGGAGAAAAGGGAGAUAACCUAUCUAUGAUGACGUCUGGCAGUGGAGCGUUAUCUAAAGGAGGUGUGUUAUGUGAUAGACUAGAGGUUUACAGACAGACUGUUUAUACACAAAAAUUACGGCAUGAUAAAUCUGAAGUUGAUGAUAAAACUCUGAGUUCUCUACAACAAAGAUUACCCAUAUUAAUACCUAAACUAUGUAAACACUGGAAAACUGUGGUGAAAUCUUUACCUUAUACACAGACACUGAAAGGACUGGAUGAAUUUACAGGUGAUGUUAUUGAAACAGUACAUGAACUACAACAAGCUGAAGUUAGCACUGGUGAUGACAAAGAAAAGCAGAAAUCAGCUGCCAAAUUUCUUAAUUUAAGAAAAAGAAAAUCUUUAGCUGAACUUUUCAAAUAUCUUACCAAAAUGGGUCUAUCCUAUCGUAAAGGGUUGAUACUUGAUGAUCUAACUAAACAAGAUAAUUCUCUCUCACUUCAACCAUUAGAUAUUACAGUAGCUAAAUCACACUAUCAAUUGAGUGAAGUAUUGGCCAGUCAAUGGGAAAAUUGUCAGAAUUAUUUCUAUAGAUGUAUAACUCGUAAAGCUCAGUUAGAACAGGCUGUUAUACAACCUGCACAGGAUUUAGGAUUAGGAAAUGUAGAAAGAUGUCGAGGAUUCUCUCAUCAUCUUCAUCAUUUAUUUACACAACAACGUCAUGAGCUGGGAGAAACAUUUACCAGUUUCCUACAAAUUAGAAAAUUUACCAAUGAAAUUAAAAGAUUAAAGAAAGAAGAUGGAUUCAGUUUACCAUCUCAAUUUCAAGUACAGUAUUGGUUGGGAAGAGUUAAAAAUCUGUGUAUUCAGUUAUUGGAAGGUUUAAACCAGUAUAAUAUAUUACUACAAUCCUGUCCUACACCAUCAACUAGUACUAGUAUUCUACCAGAUAUAACCCAGUUAUCCCCCUUGUCUAAUAUUAAAUAUGGUGAUACGAUGUGGCUACAAACAUCAGAGAAAAUUCAGAGUAUAAUUUCUAGAACUGAAACAGAAUACAAAAAAUUAAUGAAAUUAUCACAGAAACAUUUCCUUUUAUGGGAGGAUGUAAAAUUGAUAGAAGGAACAUCUCAGAAAGUGAAAAAUUUCAGUGAUACAUUAACAGAAAUAACGGUGCUAUUUACUGACCCUAUAGACAAUACAGACUGUGCUUUGAACACGCCCCUUAAUAUUCUUAUUGGGAGUAUAACUAAUUGUAUUGGUGAGGUAGAGGAAUGGGCUGGACAAUCUAGAGAUAGGACUGACAGUGAGGCGGAGUCUAGUGACAUGAUGGACAAUGGGGAGGAGUCAGGUGUUAUGAUUGACAGUCUUAUAGAAACUGUACUUCUAGUGGUUCAAAAACUUCUAUCUAAACAUCCAGUGGUGGAAAAGAAAACAGAAGAAGAGGAAGAAGAAGAAGAAUUAGAAGAUGGAUAUAUUGUAAAAGGAUUGUUAGAAAAUUUAAAAUUUGAUAUCACAGAAAUUAAAACUAAACAAAUUUCGACAAUGAUAAUGAGUAUAAUAGAGAAGACAAUGUUAUAUUUUGAGAAUGAAGAUACUGUAUCUAAUGGUGAAACUAGUAUGAAGUUAUUAUUAAGAUGUCUACCCCUGUUAGAAAGAUAUUGUGAUAUAACAGAAUAUUUCUUAGCUCAUGUUAUCUGUUCUCAUCGAUGUUGUGGUAAAUUAUUAUCAGUGUUGUUAGCUUUGUUUACAGAGCUUGCCAUGAAGGGAUUCUGUGUACCACCAGAGUUAAGUGAUGAAAUGGAACAGGAAGGAGCUACAGAGUUUAAAGAUAUUGAACAGGGUGGUCUAGGGGAGGGAGAAGGGGUGAAAGAUGUCAGUGAUCAGAUUGAAACAGAAGAUCAGUUAGAUGAUACACGAAGAGCUGGUGAAGAGAAGAAAGAAGACAAUGAUCAUCAAGAUAUACCAGCAGAAGAUAAUGCUAUAGAAAUGUCUGAAGAUUUUGAAGGGAAACCACAAGACAUGAAUCAAGAAGAAGAAGAAGAUAAAGACAAGAAUGAUGAUGAUAAUGAUGAUGAUGAUGAAUUAGAUAAAGAAAUGGGAGAUAUUGAAGAUCAAGAAACAGAUAAAUUAGAUGAACAACUGUGGGGUAGUGAUGAAGAGGAAGACAAUGAAAGUGAUGAAAAACCGAAAGAAGAGACAGGACCAGGAGAUGGAGAAAAGGAAGAAAGUGAAUUAGUAGCUAAAGAUGAUAAUUUAGAUAAAUCUCAAGAUAAAGAUGAUAAACAGAAUGAUAAACAACAAGGAGAAGAAGAAGAACAGAAAGAUGAAAUAAAUGAAAUGGACGAUAUUGAAGAGGAGGGAUAUAAUGAUGACAAGAUUGAUGCCAAUCAAGGAGAUAGUAAGGAACCGGAAGCACAGCCUGAAACUAUGGACCUACCAGAAGAUUUAAACCUAGAUGCUGAGGAGGCAGGGGAGAAAGAGGAAGAGACAGAAAUGGAUGAUCCUGCUGAAGGUAAAGAAGAUGGAAAUGAAGAUGAAGAAGGUACAGAAGAUGUUGAUAAAUUAAAAGAUAAAGAAGAAAAAGAAGAGGAAGGUAAAGAUGAAAAUCAGGAAUCAGAGAAAAAUGAUGCCAAUGAAGAUGGAGCUGAGGAAGAAGAAAAGAAAGAAGAAAAUGGUGGAGAAGAAAAUAAAGAUAAUGAUAAUGAAGAGAGAGAAGAUGAUGAAGGUCAAGGUGAUGCAGGUUUUACAGCUGAUGAUGAGAAAAUUGAAGAGGAAGAAGAUAAAGGUAUAGAAGAAGAGAAGAAUGAUAAAAUGGACACCCAGGGUCAAACACAACAUGAUGAUACUAAUAUAGAAAAUAGUGAUACAGCUCAGGACCAGGCUAGUCAAGCGGAUAAUGAACAACAAGAGAAAGUUGGAAGUGGAAUGGCUGAUACACAACAAGAUGAUGGACAUGAAGGUGAACAGUCAUCAGAAGUGACUCAAGGCUCUAAUGAGAAAAAGAAGGAAAUGAAAAGACAGCCUGGUAAAUCAAGAGAAGAUCGUAGUCUUGGAUCUCCAGACCAGUCUUAUCAAAGGUUAAAGACUACAGAAGAAACACAUCCUGAAGAUGAGGAAGAAGAAAGUGGACAAGAGAAGAAAGAAGGGGAAUUAUAUGAACACAUCAAAGACUCUAAAUCCCACCACGACGCUCAGACACUGGAUGUUGCUAAUGAUGAUACUGAGGAACAGAUGAUUCCCAAUAAAGAUCAGGAGGAAGUUAAAGAUGAUGAUGAUGAACCUAUGGAGGAUGUUAAACCUUUAGAUGAUGAAGUUGAUAAUAAAGAGCAAGAAGAAGAGAUAGAAAAGAAAGAAGCUAAUAAAGUGAAAGGUAAGAAAUUAGCUAAUGAUAAAAUGGAGGACAUGAAGAUAGACCAGGAUGAAGAAAUGGAAGAGAGAGAGAAAGUAGAAAUAAGUGGUGAACGAAUAUUAACGAUGACAGCCAAUAGAGGUCCGACUUCUACUAUACAUACAGCAGUAGAACAUCUUCAUAUGGAUAAUGGGCCAAGUGAAAUAGAUGUAGAGAAAAUUCGAGCUGAUUUAGAAGAAAAUGUUAAUCUCUGGUCUCACCAGUCUUUAACAACACCUGAACAGAUGGUGGAAGCAAGUUCAGCUUGGCAAAGAUAUGAAGCUAUAACAUCAGGCCUGUCUCAAGAACUCUGUGAACAACUCAGAUUAAUACUAGAACCAUCUCAAGCUACCCAAUUAAAAGGAGAUUAUAGAACUGGUAAAAGAUUAAACAUGAGAAAAGUAAUACCGUAUAUAGCUAGUCAGUUUAGAAAAGAUAAAAUAUGGUUAAGACGUAGUAAACCUAGUAAGAGACAGUAUCAGAUAAUGUUAGCUAUAGAUGAUUCUUCUAGUAUGUUAGAUAAUCAUUCUAAACAGUUAGCGUUUGAGUCUUUAGCUCUGAUAUCCAAUGCUUUAACUUUACUAGAAGCUGGUGAUUUAGCUGUAACAAGUUUUGGUGAAAGUGUAAAGGUACUCCACUCUUUUACUGAUCAGUUUUCCAGUCAAUCUGGUGCUAAUAUUCUACAUCAAUUUACCUUUGAACAGAAGAAAACUAAAAUAGCACAGCUUCUACAACAAGCAACAUCUUUAAUGAUAGAUGGUAGAAGUAGACAACAUGGUAUAGUGGGGAAUCCUGAAACCUCCCAGUUACUAUUAAUAGUAUCAGAUGGUAGAGGGCUAUUCUCAGAAGGAAUGGAAGCUGUGAAGUCUGCUGUCAGGAAAGCAAGAGAAGCCAAUAUAUUUCUAGUCUUUGUAAUAAUUGAUAAUCCAGAAAACAAGGAUUCCAUAUUAGAUAUUCGAGUUCCCAUAUUUAAAGGACCAGGAAAGUUACCAGAAAUCAAGAGUUAUAUGGAACAGUUCCCAUUUCCAUUCUAUAUAAUAUUACGUGAUAUAAACUCUUUACCUAUUACAUUAAGUGAUGCUUUAAGACAGUGGUUUGAAUUAGUGACCGCUGCUGACCGAUGAUAAUAAAGUUAUUGAGGAAUAAUGAAGUCAUUUUGUGACAAUCUGUGUCGGCUGACGGCUACUGAAUUUGAAUUUGUCAUUGUGUCCUAAGAAUUUCAUAUUAUAAAGGGAGGUAACUACAUUUAUUGAUGUCAUUUUGUGAUGAAAUGUUGUCUGUAGCCAAUAAACUGGCAGCUGCUAACUGAUGGUUAUAUAAUUAUUAAAAAAUUUCAUUGGCCAAUAUAAUAAACUGUUGUCUGUAGACAGCUGCUGAAAAAUUUAAUUCUAUUUAAUACUCUCCGAAGAAUCGACAGAGCUAAAGGGAGAUAACUGUGUUUAUUAAUGUCAUUUUGAGAUGAACUGUUGUCUGUAGCCCUAAGUUGUAAAUUUGUUUCUGAAUAAUUCUAAAAAAGAACUGUUAUUUUGUUGGGAAUUAUGAAUUAUGGUUUUUGUUAAAGAUCAGAUUAUUUGUUUCUGUUUAAUGUAUAUUGUUAUAUUGAUGUAUUAUUUGUAAUUACAAGAAAAUUGUAUAAAGGAUGAAAUAAUUAUUACACCAAGUUC